GGGGACAUAAGGAACAUGGCCGCCAUAGUUCCGUUGAUUUGUUGGUGUUAGUUGGACAAUCGACAAGGGGGGUCAAGGUAUUUAAUCAAGGUUGCGAUUGAGAUUGCUCAUUGCUGACAGUGCACGUUAAUUAAUCACGUUUCAGCGGCAUUAAAUUCACGGCAACGAGAUUUGCCACGUAUUUCCGGGACGUCAGACGAUCUUACUCUCUCUUGUCUCCAUUUUUUUUUCAUUUUUUUUCUAUACAAAAAAUUUCCUUGCACGAUGUGAGAAGAUACUUACGUGAUCCCUCCUCCGUAGUUUCUUUCUUCCACCUGUAGAUAUAAUUUAUCUAUCGAAAGAAUACAUCAUUCUUUGCUUUAUUCUUGAACGUGUCUUCGUGUAAUUAAUCUCAAAGUCUGAAGGAGUGAUUCACGCGCGGAUUUUGCUAAGAAUAGAGAGCAGCGACAAAAAAAUUCACUCUUCGCUGCCGGGUAAGUUUGUACGAUGGCGAGUGAUCUGUCAAGCGGCUGCACGGAGACAAUCGACAUCCUGGACGAUGAGAAAGAAGAAGGCGAGAUUUCGUUGGAGGAUGUCAGUUCAUCUGAAGAAGGUGGAAUGGGUCACUUGACUAGUAACUACGUCGUCGGCAGAAUGCGUGCAUGCCCUGAUUGCAAAUCUUGGGGCGACUGUGCUACCUGGUGUAACGCAUAUCAUCCUAAGAAUCAGAGCAGGAGAGAUCCAGUCAAAGGGAAGGAAAACCGUCAUCAUGUCAGAGAAACAGGAUUUGCUGCAACAAAGCACAUGGCAUCGACGUUACAAGAGAAAAAUGAUGACCUAGUACCAAUCUCUAGCGACAGCGACAUGGAAAUCGUCGGUCUCACAGAUACAUCCAAUCGAUCAAAGGCCAAAGUAAAAAAGAAAAAAAGAAAGAAAAAGGAAUAUGAAACCCUCACUAUCGAUGAAUUGAUUUCUCCAACCUCCAUCGAUAUGCUAUCAUCUAUAGCAGGAGUCAACGCGGUGAAAAUAUAUAGGGAAGUAAGUCCAAAUCAACGCAAAUCAAGUGGCAGAUCCAAGAUAAUCUCGAAAUCGCCAGUUCGAAGAUACAGAUCGCCAGUGAUAGCACGAUCGUCGUUUCAAUCUUCUCGAUCUCCGCUGAAUCAUUCCAGAUCUCCGAUAUUAAAGAAAUCACCGCGAAAGGUCAGAUCCCCAAAACGUAGUCUCCGUCGUCAUUCACCUGUGAAAGCAGCGAAGAGACUGCCGUCGAAGUUGAGCUCGCCGCCGUCUACUCGUUCCUAUGUCGAUAGGCACGGCGAGGUGACGCGGUUGUUAAAAAAGGUGAAGCAUCUGGAUUCCAUAGGAACUCAAGCAUCGGAACCGAGCGUCAACCGGAGUAAGGAAUCAUCGUCGCUGAAGGAGAAAUUAUCGAAUAUGAAUAUACUAAACAGAGCCAGCAGCGACGACCACGUGCACCUCAAGGGAAAAUUAAAGGUUGAAUCCGAAACAGUCGACGAUGCCGACGAUGAGGAUGAUCUGGCAUUGCUGCGACAAAAAGCAUUAGAGACAAAGCAGAAAAAGUCUAAUAAAUCGGAGCAUUCAGCAGAUGUAGAAUCAGAAAAGAGAUUAGCUGUGAAUAACGAUGACCAGGACGAGGAAGCUUUGCAACUUCGUAUGAUCGCGCUGCGCUCAGCGGUCAUGAAGAAGCAUCAGAAUCGGGUUCAACGCGGUAUUAAAACCAAGAGACCUACUCGCAGUGAAAGUCCGUUUAGUUCGAGUUUUCUCGAUGAUAUACCCGUGCCCAGCGAUGAGCUGUUGAAAUAUGCGUCGCCGCCAUGCACACCGUCACCCGAGAGCAAUCACAUUGAAGACAUGGACUUGGAUACUGACAUCGAAAGGGAGAAAGAGAAGUUGCCAUACUCGCCGACCGAUAAGAUCACCGAGAACGUUCCUAUAGACACAGCGUUGCUUGGAAUCGAGCCAUCUGACGUAUCGUUUAUUAAUGUAAACGAGAACAUCGGUAGCCCAGUCUUUGACGACGCACAGGAUGAACUUGCAACGAACAACGUCACAUCCUAUUAUAAUGAAACUUACUUAUCUUACCAAGCACUUCCAAGUAAGCCGCAAUUCUAUGCGCAAUCACCAUCACAGUACAAUAACGAGACCUUUCAUUCAGAUUUAAAUGAUGUAACCGGAAAAAGUUUCGAGAAUCCUCACGGCAACGGUGUCGUUUGUGAUCUAAUAGAUGGAAUUUGUUGUCAAGAAAGUACUUAUUCCUUAACGAAUAUGCCAGAUACGCAUGAUCUUCCAGUGUCCAAGGAUCUUCUCACCUCUCCUGUCUCUUCCUAUGGCACUUUCGCUUCUUCUCUUCAGAUGCAGCAAAUCGUGGAGCAACCUGCCAAGGAUAUUGUAUUUGUGAAUGUGGAUUCCACAUUUAGAAAUGAUAAACCCGCCUACGAAAUGCAGACAGUCCCUCCAUUUAAUUCCGUUGCAAAUGCUCCGACAACGGCGUACGCUGUUAAAUACGCCGAAUCAAUGUCGCCGAAUGAAUCGAUGAUAACGAUAGAUGAUCUUCCGGAGGUAUCUGUGGAUCCAUUAAACUCUCCCAUUGGCGACGACAGAAAUUUACCGGCCAUGGAAUACAUUCCAAUGGAAGCAGCACCAUGUCAAGUUGCUAUAGAGAAAACAUUACAGGAACCUUUAUAUAUGCAAGGUAUCCCAGAAGUUACUAAAGAUAUGAAUAAAAUACCUACAUUAAUCAACAGAAAGCUGGUACCCGCGCCAAUACUGAAAUCGAAUAAGCGGCUGCGACAACAUUUGAAGAAGCGCGAAAUACUGCAGCCAGAAUCGGAACCAGAGCCGGAACCGACUUUUAAAAAUGCUGAGAUGCAACCGGUGACCGUUGUUGCCAUAAACGCGAAUAGUAGUAUUUUCAAACCUAUAAAAUUACAAGUAGUGAAAAAAUCCGCGCCUGCUUUGUCGACGCUCCCUACAUUCGACAAUUCAGUGAACGAAUCUUUAGAUACAUCAGAGGAUCAAAGAGGCUCAUCCAAAGAAGAUCAUGAGACAGUUGAGCUGGGACAGACUGAUAUCACUACUACGUCAUCAGCGAAUGAAGCUACUCUAGCUCGCAGGAAAAGGAGAAAAAAGGAGAAACGCAGAAGGAAAAAUCGUUGGAUUAAAUGGUUUGAGAAUGAAACGAACUCAUGUUUGGAUACUGAUGUAAAUAAAGAUGCAAUUAUGAAUGCGUCUACUUUAGAUCACAUUGCAACCGAAUCUGAUCAGAGCAAGAGCAAUGAUAACGCUAGUACACAUAAGAUUUUAAUAGAAAAUGGAGAAUUGACGAGAUCGCAAAGUAUCACUGAUACGCAGGAGUCUAUUAACUCCGGUGAUAUUAUGACCGAAAAAAGAGACGUGGAGAAUCACACACUGUUAACAUCCGUCGAAUAUUCGCAAGAAGAACACAUUAAAUCCCAUUGUUUGUCAACAAAUCCCGCGCCAGACAAUUCGAAUUCUGACACAGUUAGCAAAACCACCGAUACUAAAAGCGUUAGUAGGAGACAAAGCAUUGAUGAAGAUGAGGACGAAUUACGAGCCAUUUUAUUGGCUUCUUUAAAACGAACGAAAUCAGCAGAUAUCAACAGUCCUCCAAUUGCUCCAGCUACUCCGAUUACAAACUCUAUUGUAACGAAUGUCCAGACAUCUGCAUUAAAUCAAACAUUGACAGAUACCAUGCCAUCUACGGUUAGCACAACGUGUACUGUGAGUAACAAUGCUCCGUUACUAUCAUCGAAGCCGUUGCCAUCGAAGCCGUCGCCGUCGAAGCCGUCGCCGUCGAAGCCGUCGCCGUCAAAGUUGUUAUCAUCGAAGCCAUUACCAUUGAAGCCUUUAUCGGAAACAAUAAAAAAGAAAAUUAAUGACGCAUCCAUCUCGGUGCAAAAUGGCAGCAGGAAAAGAAGCAUCAGCCUAGACACGGUAAAGAGUCCUUCGAAAAAAAUAACGAGAAAAGCAAUCACGAGCACGAAGGUGGUAAACAACGCUAAGAAAUAUCAGAAUAUGAUUGUAAAGAGAAGAUUGAAUCUACGAAAGAUUGAUAACAAUACGACGAAGCCUAGCGAAAACGCAUGGUCCAACGCUAACGCUUCAAAAAUAUCGUUGCAUGCAUCUGACACUCAGCGAUUUGUGAUAAGUUUGGGUUCCGAUACGGAUACCGAGUCCGAAGGGGAGAAAAACGAGUCUGUUUCUAUCAUGGAGAAGCAUCAGGCGCAUCAGGAGAUCCCCGCCGAUUUUGAAAAGAACCUGAGUAAAUUUCUGCGUGAGGUGAGAAACGAACAAGAACAGUCUGCAGCAGCCGCAUCGAAGUCAUCCAGUUCGUCCACGCAAGCGACAAAGCGAGAUGUGCCACAAACGGCUAACGGUUCAUCUAAUAUGCACACUCCACUGGCCGUGAGGCAUCUUCCUGCGUCACAGCAAGAGGAGUAUCGUCGUUUGAAGCAGGAAAUCUUGGAGCGCGAAAAGUUGAAACUGCAGAGAAAAGUAGCAAGUAACAAUAGUAGUAGUAGUAGUAAUAAUAGCAGUAAUAAAUUAUUAAACACUAACGUAGCAAGCUCACCAAUAAAAUCUUUGUCAUCAUGCGAAAAAAAAGCACAUGUUAAACAGAACCAAGAUAAUUUAAAAACGCCAGAAAAAAAUCCUCCUCAAGAAUCAUCAACAGAAGUUGAAAAGAAAAGCGACGAUGUGACGAGAGACACGUCAGAAUUAAAUGUUUGUCGUAAAUCCGCUGAGAAAAAACUUUCAGUGAAUAUUGCUAAACAUACUAAUUCCACACAAAGUUUUUUGCAAACUAAAAACUGUAAGAAAGCGAUACCGAAUAAUCUCAGCAUUCGAAUUACUAAUGUUCCCGCUUCAAAUCACGCCAACGGUAGAAUGGUCGAGAAUUUGCGUGAGAAGCAAUCCGUGACAGACACACAGCAACAUAGAUCUGCUUUGAGAACGUUAAGCACAGACGAGAUAAAUUGUAAAUACAUGCAAGUAAUGUUGAAGCCGAACGCAAUUGAACGAGUCGUUACUAUAAAUGACAAAUCAAUUUUGCAACAUGACAUGACAAUAAACGUCGGUCAAAGUGAAAAUCUGAUCGAGCCUGAUGUCAAAACAGAAAAUCUAGUCGAAAAAAAUCUAAAUGAUGUAGAUAGUAAUAGUAGUACUUUUUCUACUGCAUCUACUGUAAAACUUCUAAAUUCAUUUUCGGUUUCGAGUGAACACGAGGAGACGAUAGAAACCACAAUGUCACUUUCUCAAUAUAAAGCAGAAUGUCAGCAAGAAAUUAAUCGUGAUACUUCAACGUCUGUACUUACAGACAAUAAUAAUAGCAAAAAUGACUCUCAUAAAUCUGACUCGGUUGCUGACGAUAAUAGUACUGCGAAUGAUAUUUGGGACACACUUAAAAAGGAUGUUAAAGCAGAAGUAGAUUCCCUGACGAGUCUUCCAGAAGCAGAACAAGAGCGAUAUUUAAGAGAAACUGAGCAUAAAUUAGUUGAAAAACGGUAUACGGUCUUAGAUCAUUUAGCAGAAAUGUCAGGGAAUCUUCGUCAAUGGGAUCUGGAGAAAGAAGUACAAACUACUCUGGCCAACGAAGUGAGAAAACUUAAAGAACAGUUAAAGAUAGCUGAGGAAAGGUUACAACAGCAGCGCAAUCGUGUUAAUAGCAUGGGUCCAAAAGUUUCAACAGCACGUCAAAAGAUCAAUGCUGGACGACGCGAAUGCUUCAAACUGUCCAGAAUUUGUUCGACCCUAGGUAACCGACUCAUGGAGAAAAAUUACAAGUUGCCAGAGGCGGUAGAUCAACUUUUAAGUGAUAAACUCAAAGAGAUUGCUAAUCAUACGCGUCAGUUUACCAAGAAAAAGCGACUCCAAACUAAUGAUAUUUCUGAAAAUUCCUAUUCUACAUUACAAGAACUCUCAGAAUCAUCUAAAGAUAUAUACAUUGAGGAAAAUCUGUCGCAAGAACAGCCAAUGAAUGAUGAAGCUGUGAUCAUGACCGAGAUGGGACCGAGAAGAGAUACUUGCUUGACGCAAUCUAAUCAAAAUAAGAGUUUAUCGACAGAAAUCUUAUUGGAUUUCUCGCAAGUGAUUCCAUGCCAAUUAACAUCAGAAAAAAGAGAAAAAACUUCAGCAAAUGCAUCGAAUCAUUGUAACGAGGAACAAGUCACAACUCUUAACCAAGAUAACCAAGAUGCGUCAUCUUCUGAACCAAAGUUAUGCCAAAGUAGUCCUACAGAACAAAAUAAUGAGCACACAAAAGAAAGUAGAACGGACAAGUCUGAUCCCGCCGCAUCUUUAGAAUUAAAGUCAUCAGCGACUGCUUCCUCAAGUUCAGAACAAAAUGAACAGACUAACGAAAAAGCCUCGCCGCUACUGCCAUCAUCGUCGCCGACAACAAAUACAACGAUAUAUACAACAACGACGACGAAGCAAAUUGCACCUUAUAUAUCGAUAUUGUCACAUUUAAAAAAACCAAGGAACAUCAACCCCCAUGGAAUUCUGUGUCCGUACGAAAUGAUGGGCAUUUGCAGGGACGAGGAUUGCCAAUACAUUCAUCAGUCGAGGAAUCAAACCUGAAAUAAUAAUUACAUACUACCGAACAUAUUCAACAUGACGUAAGGUAUCAUCAAUUAUCCUCUAGGAAAUAGAUAUAUCGAUAUAGGCAGGUUGCGAUGUUAUGCAGAGCCAACACUCGAAGAUCGGUAAGUUGUCUUCAUCCAUGGCAGGCUCUAGUGCACAAUACCGAAAUUAUCGUUUUGUUUCGCAAAAAUCUUACAUUUUUAUGUAAGAUCUCUAUUUUAAAAUGUCGUGUUACUACGGGAUCUCGAGAGGUAUCCGUAUUUUAUUGAAAGUUCAAAUAAAAUUUCGACCAGUGUAUAUUUUUUACAAUUAUAAAAAAAAAGUGUCUAAACUGCAAGAUCAAUCAGUGUGGUAAAGAUAAAUAGAAGAAUCUAUCGACCAUACUGAAAAAAAGAAGAGUUAAGAUCGAAAA